AUUUAAUCACUUAUUGAUCUUAAACUUUCAAUAAUAUAAUUUUAAGUAUUUUUUAUUAUGAUUUUAACUAUUGAUUGAAAAUUUUAAAUUUCAAGAAUAAAUUAUGUUUAAUGAGUCAGCUACCACAUCACCAAGGAAAUAUGAUGACUGGUUUGUCGUAGAUGAGACUGAUUUUAUGCUAUCAGACUCAUCUAUUAGACCCAAUUCAUCUACGGAAUCUUACCAAAUGCUAACCGACGUGUCAACGGCCGCGGAUAGUUCCAUAGAAUCGACAUCAAGGUCCCAACUCUCCAAAAACGUCGAUUAUGAAUCUUUCAUCACAGAUAAAGUUGAAAAAAUGAACAAAGAAGCUGAGGAAGAUGUGAAAAGAAUAAAGGAUAGAAUAAGUGAAAUCGAGUCUCGUUUGAAACCUUUGGACGCCUAUAAGGGCCAACAUACCGAACACCAUCAUCCACAGCUGGAAAAGCUUGACAAACUGUUGGAAGAGGCAAGGAGAGAGGCAGGAGAGAUUCAUGAUGGUGCAAACAUGGCAGUCCAAGAACUGAAAAAGUCAGUAGAAAACGUAGAAGAGUUGUGUUCCAAAGGUUUAACUUUGAAGGAUUCUGCAGACAAUUUCAGAAAAAUUGCAAACACAGAAAAAAGCCUCAUACCCUUGCCCUUUAAAACUAAGAUGAUUAUUGGAGUCGUGACCUUCCUUACUUGUGAUUUCUUAUUACACAUACUUUAAACUUAUUCUCAAACAUAACUUAUUUAAUUUUAUUUUUUACCC